AUGGACCCCAUUCAAGAAGCGAUUGAAUUUUUGGAAUCGCGUGAGGCUGGCAAUAAUUUCUCGUACCGCCAAAUCGCGAAAAUGUUUGGUGUUGAGCUUUCUACGCUCGUUCGAAGACACCAAGGCAAAACGCAGCCUAGGGGGACUAUGCAUCGUCUCCUCCACUCACAACAAGAGAAGGAGCUUGUAGAGUACAUCUGGGGCUCUCCGAGCGACGUUUGCCACCUACGAGGACAAUGA